ACACCCCACAUCAAACAGCUGUGGGAAAAAUCAAUUCUGCAACUCCCUCGUCGUCUGUGCAUUUUUUAGAGCUUCGCGAGAAAACCCAGAAAAAAUGUCCUCCAACGGCGACUGCUUUGUUGUCCUGCCUGCCAAUUGUGCCGAUGGAUCUCUGAUAAUUGGUCGCAACGCGGAGGACCCCGAAUCCCUGGGAGUUUCCUCGGAAGUUUGCUUUUAUGAUGUCAGCGAAGUGCUGGAGGGGAAGACUGAUGGCGGUGCGUCUGCCGAACCAAGUGGCGAUGCCUUGCGUGUCAUAUUGCAAAAACCGCAGCCAGGCCUUUGGGGGGGCGAUUUUGGGGCCAAUGAACGGAGUGUCGCUGUGGGCUUAACCUGGACUUCAGGUGAAACGGAGGCGAAGGACAGUGACUGUCUGCUUGGAACUGAUAUUGUGCGCUUGACUCUUGCGGUGGCCAUCGAUGUAGACGCUGCCGUGGAUCGCAUUGGAGCUUUAGUAGCCAGUCAUGGCAAUGAUACCUCAAAGUUGAACUUCAUUGUUUGUGAUUCCAGUGCCGCCUGGUUGGUCAGUUGCUCCGGAAAAGUUUGGGCUGCCGAGAAAGUAGAGGCGAGUUUCUUGCGGCUGCCCAUUGGGGGAUUGGCGGUUACCACAGGCUCUAAUAAAACUAGCGAAGGAUUGGAGGCAGCUUCUAGUUUUGCAGCCGCCCACGAUGCAGAGGCUAAAUCGCCAGCUGAAGAGUGGAGUGGUCCUAAGCCGGCUGGUGAUGGUAGCUACACCCAGCACGACAUGUUCGAGACACUGCGUGCCGCCAGCCAAGCGAGUAGCUCACGAGCGGCCAGCGUUUCUGUUCUGUCGGGUAAAGGAAUCUCGUGUCACUGGUUUACAGGAACGCCCAAUGCCGCCGAGUCUGUGUUCAAGCCGUUCGUAUUCGCGCCCAAGCCACGCAUCUCGCCGUUGACCCAAGUCCAGGCGGAAGCAGAGUUGACCCUGCUGCAUAAGCUACACUCGCAACGAAAGCCGGCGGCCUUGGAGCAUUUGCGCAGCUUGGAAAAAUCUUGCGUGGACGAACUUAAUAACUACUUCUCGCUGCAGGAUCAUGCCAGCGAGGAGCUGGACGAACUGCUCAAGGACUGUGUCGAGGCGGAGGUCAAGUUCUAUCGUUAGAUGAACGAAAACUAUUCAUAUUUAUUAUUCAAAAACUAGCUUGCAAGCUCUAUUGGGCUUUGGAAUUUGACUUGAGCAUUACCAAAAAAGGCAACCAUUUUCUCGUGCAAUUUUCGAAAGAUUUUAUUUCCAUUUAGUUUUUAUGCUUUUGCGUGAUAUUUAAAAUAUUAUUUAUUAUUCUCCCUAUCUCAGUGGGUAAUCUCUGACUUGAUUUUAAAGUAUUAU